UCUUUCCUCCGCCCUAAAACGAUCAAUCCUGGGUUUAGAGGGAGCUGGAGGUGUAGAAGCCGGAUGUGUUUCCCCCUGUUAAGCCGAUACUCCCAGUCAUAUCCUGGGUCUGUGAAGCCGAGCGUGUCCCCUGUCUUCAUUUUAAACUGAGUUUCGGAAGUGGGAGGUCUUCACUUGAGAUUGAAGGCGAGGAAUGUUCGCACCACACGCCCAAAUACCUCCGUCAGCUGAGCUUUCUAAAAGUCCACAGGUCAGCGGCACAGUGAUCAGCUUCGAUUAUCCCAGUCUCUCAGCAGCAAAAACCAGGCAGAAAGCUUGGAUUAACGUCCCCACGAUCACGGUCCUCGCCUUCCUCUGACCCAGAACUACUCCAGGCUCUUGGUUCCUGACUUUAAAGGCGGUGACUGGAGCCUGUCGCUCCCCAGACGCAUGAGUGCUGAAAAGGAGACGAUGGAAGGUGACGAUAGUCUGACCUGGGCGGAAGACCAGGACGACCAGGAGCGGUUGUGGGAGAAAAUCGAAAGCAAGCGUCACGUUCUGACCAAGACCAUUAACCCCAGCAAGCUGACAGCGUACCUCCGGCAAUGCAAGGUCAUCGACGAGGAGGACGAGGAUGAGAUCCUGUGCUCCCACCUGCUGACCUCCCGAAGGGCUCGCGCAAGCCGCCUUCUGGACAUAUUGCGUUCGCGAGGUAAACGUGGAUACGAAGCUUUUCUGGAGAGCCUGGAACUUUACUAUGCUGAACUGUACAAGUUAAUAACAGGCAAGGAGCCAACCAGAUGUUGCUCAGUGCUAGUCGUGGAAGAAGGUUAUGAGGGGCUGACGCAGUUCCUGAUGAGUGAGGCUGUCAAGGUGCAGAAGCAGCUGAAGGACAAAGCCGUGGAGAUCCAUAAACUGCACAGCAAGUGCGAGAUGCUGCAGGAGACUAACAAGCGGCUGAGCCGCGAUCACCUGGAGCUCAGGAGCCUUCAGGAGCGCUACAGCAAGCUGAAGGAGGAGUUUAAUCUGCACAGCAAUGAUCUGAACAAGGUUAAGGAGGAGAAUUACCUGCUUGCUCUGCGCUACGCCCAGCUCAACGAGGAGAAAAGUAUGGCUGUGUCGAGGAGCCGGGAGCUCCAGCUGGAGACUGACCAGUUGAGAUGCAAACUGCAGGGAAUCGAGGAGGAGUGUCUGAUGGCCCGCAGUCUCUCCAACAAGCUGAAGAAGGACAUGGAGAACAUGCCGAGCAGACAGAGCAUCAUACAAUUGCAGCAUGACAAUGACCAGUUACAGACCACAGUCUAUGAGCUCCAACGCUUUGUGCAGGUAAGAAACAAUCUCCCCAGCACAGAGAAGGCUCUCCUGGAUAUCAUGGAUCAGGAUCGGAAGGAAGCUCUUGAGGACAGACAGGAAUUGGUUCAGAGGUUUCAUGACACUGCCAUGGAGCUACAGCAGGCGGAGGAGCUCCGAGACAAGUACCUGAAAGAGAAGGAAGGACUUGGACUCCAGUCUGCGAUGAUCCUGAAAGAGUGCCAGAUGCACAAGCAAAGGAUUGCCAGCAUUUUACAACAACUGGAAGAAGUGGAGAAGGAACGAGACAAGGCACUAAAGGCUCGUGAUGAGGCGCAGAGUGCUUAUGCCCAAAGCAUGCUUGAUAACGGCAGGUAUCGGAGGCAGAUAUGGGCAAUGGAAGAGAAAUUGGACAACCUUCAGAUGGAGCUAACAAGGAAAGAAGCCAAGAUUGGGAGCCUGCAAUCCCAGCUCCACCAACUGCGAGGGGGGACCGGUGCUAUGGACUAUUUGGAUUCCUGUGACCUGCUGAGCAGCCGCUUAAAUAUUAUUGACUGCCCUGAGGACUGGAGCAGCACGGACCAUGACCAAGAGACAUUUCCAAAGUUCAGAAGACGCCAUUGCAUAAAGAGAUUGGAUUCAUCGAUGAUGCAGAGCAGGGAGCUUCCAGUGAGUGAAUAUGGUGAAGACCUAUCCCCAGUGGAGCUAUUGUGGAGCGAUAUUGAACACGAGAGGGAGGUGAAUAGAUUCUCAAUGAUGGCAUUCCCACCUUGCAAAGAAUCUUUGACACGUCGUCUGAAGCAGGAGGAACCAGCCAGCAGGUUUGAAUCUUGGCCACUCAGCAGCUCGACGGAGAAUGAGGACAGCAGUCCAGGUCACUUGCACAGCCUGUCCGUCUCUCCCAGUUUGUUUGGGGCCAGAUUUCACCCGCUGUCAGAAGAUCCCAGCUGUGUGGCCGUCAGUGAUCAAGACAACAGAAAUGAUAAGAGGACGCAUACUCUCUCCCUAUCAAUGCCUGAUCUCACCAACACCAUCAACAGCAUCAAACAUGGCUGUGAUGAUGCCUUCACCCCUGAGCCCAAUGAAUCUGCUACUUUCACCCAGGAGAGCUCCGAGCUGGAUAAGCUGGAAGACGAGACAAGGCACAGAAUAUCACGGCGCAACUGUACCAGGAAGGGCAUGCAGUGGAACGUCAGGAAGAGCUGUGCGGCAGAUCCCCUCGGAAACCAGCAGAACGAAGAAGGUUGUAGGAGGAUGGAGCAAGUCUUGGAAGAAGAUGGCUCGUUCUACAUCCGGGUCAAUUUGAACAUCCUUGGCCAUGUGGAUAACUGCUCGCUGCAGGUGAAGUGUGAUGAGAUCUUGCACAUCCUGGAUACUGGCCAACACACCAAAUACGAGUGGCUUUGUGCUCGAGUUGACCCGUUUACCAAGAAGGACCUGGAACGUGGAACCAUCCCCAGCUACAGCAGAGCUUACCAGCUCCUCCUGCUUAAAAUCUACGCGCUGACCGCCAAUGUUCGGGAGAAAGAGAGGGAGAAAAAGUUUAUGAAGAACAAUGUCAAAGUGAAGAAGGUGUGCUCUGAUCGAGUGAGGAUUGUGCCUGCCAGUCUCCCCCAGUAUCUGCCCAGUGCCAGUAACCCAUCUCUCAGAUCCUGGCAUGAAAAUAAGGAUGAAAAGAUCCUGCCAUACAGCCUGGUUCAGCCAAUCACUGUCCACCAAAAAAGGCCGGUUAUCAUCAUGCCUACAGAGUUGGCCAAAGCUUUGAUGGACUGUCUACUCCAGGCUCCACCUGCAUCAGACUUCAGUAUGGUGCAGCCAGAAAUUGUCACUGAAGAGCAGCUGAAGACAAAGACACGGUUCUCUUUACAGAAAAUCAGGAACCAGGCCAACUUUGAGUGCAUUACACUCGAAACGAUCAAAGAUGUUAUAGCCAAGCACAAACAUGGCUUGCUGCCAAUUGGAGUGCACUCUGCUAAGGACCUUGUUGCGGAGAAGAUCUACACUAUCAUUAUUCAUAUCAAAGUGACCACAAAAAACAUUAAGAAACUAAGGAAACUGGCUCCAAAGUCCUGCAGCAGCGACAAUGAGUUUCUGAAGCUGUACCGCAUCGAACAGAAGCACUUAGAGUCAGUGCCAUGCCUCUCUGCCACCGUGGAGCCCAACACAUGGACCAACGUCGAGGAGCUCAUCAAAGUAGUGAAGACCAGUGUCUUCCAGGAGCAGCAGAAGAUUGUCUGGAUUGAUGAGAACAAGCUGUUGCCAGACCUUGAGAACUUGUCACCAGCCGAACCAACCAGCCAGCCGUAUGUUUCGAGUUGCCUGUAGUGGGUGUUUGAUGGAGGCUGUCCUGCAUGCAAGAGGCAGGACGUCCACUCUUCCUAGAUCCUGAACACUGACACAAGGCCUUAAACCCACAACAGAACGGUUGACCAACCAGUGAAUACCCUUAGAACGGGCUUUGGGAGUUCAGGGUUGUGCAGUUCUAGGGAUAGAACUGGGGCAGUGUAAGGGGGAAUUCCUGAGCUGUAUCUGGCUCCUACGUUGGGAAUACCUGGGAACCUCUUCAAUCACACUGGUAGGGUAAACUUUGUAUUAUGGCUGGGAGAGUUCAGGCAAACCACAUGACCAUUUUUUAAAUAAGAACAGAUUAUUGGAUUUCAGAGAACUAACUCCAGCAUCACUGAAAAAGUCAAAGUUAAUUUCACACCUCAGUAUUUUCUUACAACACUAAUCGAGCCACACUGUUAUCCAAGGAGACAAAACGUAUUGUGUCCAUGCGAAGUUUAUCACUCACAACUGAAUGGCCUGCUGAGCCCCAAAAUCACCAUGGCUUUUCAGUUUGCCUUUUUUAAAAACACUACUACAUGUGAGACGGGGUUAGAGCACACAGCAACCCAGGUGCACACAUGCAUUUCAGUGACGAGUCAUGCACACUGUAUUUAUUUUUCUAUAACAUGUUGGAUUUAUAUUUUAAGCUGUACUUCAAAAAACUAAGACUGUGGAUAAUUUGGAGUAUACACUGUUAUGUAGCAGAGGAAUCUUAAUGCAAGGCAGAUGGAGGAGAUUCAAGGAAAUAAUGUUAUUGCUCUGCUGUAAUGUUUACAUGGCACAGUGUCUGUUGUAAGUGUGAUAUUUUCAAUGCAAACAGUUCACUCUGAGAACUGUGAAUGAUGACAUUAGGAGGCAAAGUUUUCUGGAUAUUGUAGAAAUAUUUUGUGGGAUGAUCUUAUUGUUAUGUCUUUGGCAUUCCAGUUGAUUAUUGAUCCUGUUUUGGAUGUACUGACUGCAUUGUUGGACUCAUAUCUGAUUCUUAUCCAGGCUGCAGUUAUUCUUCAAUAAGAUGUGAGUCCAGCACCAAGUUUGAUGUGACCAUGGACACUAAUGGCAGUCAAAUUACUGCUUUGACCCCCCCCCCCCCACUUAUAUUUUUAUCCUGAAGAUGCCUCUUGGGGUUUCAGGCCCAAACCCUUUCCUGAAUGGUCAUCUGCACAAUAAGCUUAGGUAUAUGAGUCAUUCAGCUGUGGGAGGCAUCGUUGCAAAGUCUGAUCCCAUCCACCCCUGCAGGGAUAAAUAAUAUCGUGGACCGACAGCUCAGCAAAAUCUUUAGCCUAAUUCACAUCCAACUGUUCAAUCCAGUGGGGCAAAUGUGGUCAAACAAAGCUCACUUUGACGAUGGGAUCAAAUGAGAACAACAUCAUAGAAUCCCUGCAGUGUGGAAGCAGGCCAUUCAGUCCACACCAACCCUGCAGACCCACCCCUUAACCCUAUCCCUGCAAACCCACAUUUCCCAGGGUUAACCUGUGUAGCCUGCACAGCCCUGAACACUGCGGGCAGUUUAGCACAAUCCACCUACUCUACACGUCUUUGAACCGUGGGGGGAAGCCCUCACAGACGCAGGGGGAAUGUGCAAACUCUACACGGACGGUUGCCUGAGGGUGGAAUGGAACCUGGGCCCUUGACGUUGUGAGGCAGCAAUGCUAACCACUGAGCCACCGUGCCACCUAUUAAUGCAGGCUGUCCAUGUGACUUGGUAUGGCUGUGGGCAAUGUAUUGAAUCUUGCCCGUAUCAGAAUGAGAACACAGUACGUGAAUUCCAAAAUAAAAAGUAGAUUUCAUUGUCAAGAAAACUACAACUGCUGCAGGCCCACAUUUGGAUUACAUUCUGUGGACUUAUAAACCAUUCAACUCCUCCAUUUGGAUGCUGUAUUGUAAUAUAAGCUGUGAAAUC